AUGGCGGCGGACGCGAAGGAAGAAGAAGAAAGGAGAAAGAUGCCAUCAACGCUACUAAAUUCCACAAGGGAGAUGAAUGUGAAAUCUAGUGCUUCUAAUGAUAAUCUUCGGAAGAAGGUGAAGUUUAAUAGUGCUUUUAAUAUUGAUAUUCCUCAAGACAUACUACUACAGAUAUUCUGUAAAUUACCUGUGAAAUCUCUAAUCAGAUUCAGUUGUGCAUCUAAGUUAUGGUUUUACUUAAUCAUUAAAGAUCAACAAUUCAACCAAUUUUACAUGGUUGAAUCCAAAAAGAAGCCAAUUCUCAUAUUUACCUUCAAAGAUUGUGAAGCGAAGCGAUGGUACUAUUUGGAGAAACAACACCUUAAUACUUACGGUCACAAGCUGCUUGUUUAUGGAAAACACAAAUAUAUGAAUCACCAGUAUAUGAUUGGGUAUUCUAAUGGACUUAUUUAUCACUUCAGAUUUGUAACCCAAGUAGGAUUGAGAAGUUAA